AUGCAGGUCCACCCCGACGUCUUCCGAUGGCUCGGGGUGCUCGGCAUGAUGGAGGGCGGCAAGCUGACGCCCCCGGCGAGCAAGAGGACCGGUAAAGUCGCCAUCCCGGACGAUCUGGCGGAUCAGUUCGAGAACGGACAGGGUUUCGGCGAGCUCAUAUCGAAGCUCGGCGCGAUGCGUGGUAUGCCUCCCGCGCCCAUUGACACGUUCAAGGAGGGCGUGUCCCCCGUGGUUCGCCUCUACAACUGGAACCUGCUGGCGCCGGUGUUCAAGCCGUUUGGCAUCACCCUGGACCAGACCACGCGAACGCUGGUGGUGGCUGGUGACCUGGACGCCGUCGCGAACGUUCUGGAAAAAUUCUACGAGCGAACGGUAGGCGAGCUCCCGCCGAUCAUGCCCAAGGUGGUCGCCGCCAUGACCGCCAAGCGCUCCAACACGCCCGACGUCUUCAACGGCGUCAUUGACAACGGCGGGUCGAUGCUCGAUGACCCGGCGCCAAUCACCUCGCGCAUCACGGCGGCGACCAAGAACAUCAGCGUUUCCCGCCCCGGACUCCGCGUCACGGACCCGGCGGGCAGGUCGCUGAUCGACUUGAACGACGAUCCGCUGUGGACGAACUCGCCGACGAAGAUGCCGGGCGAGAAGGGCCCGCCGGAGAAGCCCCUGCGGGGCGCCGACGACGAGGACGACCCCUUCGGCUUCCUCCAGGACCCGGACUCGCCCAAGACGCCGCUCGAGCUCCUGGGCCGGUCCAUCGAGGCCAGCUUCGGUCUGGGCAAGGGCGAGGGCGAGGUGCUGCUGUCCUCGCAGCCCGGCACGUUCAUGGAGUGGAUGAAGGGACAGGCGAGGCCGCCGAGGGUGAAAGGACCCAACGCCGCGGCGACCCACUGGCUCGACGGCAUCCGCUCCCAUUCCAAGACGCUCGCGCUUCUCAUGACGGGCCCGCCGGAGAAACCCGAGGAACCCUCGGAGGGCUACGUCGCGUCGGUUUUCGACGCCAUCGGCGCCGGUCUCUACAACAAGAACGCCGGCGUGGUGUCCUCCGCGGUCAAGGCGCUCAAGUCGGUGGCUCGGCACCUGCCGAGGGAAUCGCCCAUCCUGAGGUACGCGCACAACUGGCUAGCUUCCACCGGCGGUCCGUCCGUCGCCGUCGUCAAGAUCCUGUGCGGGCUCGGCGGUGACAAGAUCGGGGGUAACAUCAGGGUCGGCGACGCCAAGGCUGCGGCGGACGCCGCGCGCAUGGCCGCCGUCGACGCCGGGAACGGUUUCGAGACUUCCCGCGACAAUCUCGAUCAACGGGGCGGGGCGCAGUUCGCGUUGGGUUACAACGCGUCCGACGCGUCGGGAGACGCGGACUGGUCCAGGCGUGCGGCGGAGGCGUCCGCGAUGGCGGAGAUGAUCGACAGGUUCUGCGCGCAGGAAUCCAGGCAUCUGCACAAGUUCUUGCUGGACGACCUGAGAGCCGCGGCUAACGCCAGGGAUAACCCCAAGAUUUACAUGGACGCCCUCAACGUCCUCAUGCCGGCGAUGCUGGCGCGCGGGGCCAAGCCCAGGGAGGCCAUGGUCAAGGAGGGCACCCCGGGUUCCAUGCUUCUCUCCGCGCUUCAGUGCGCCGAGGGACCCGAGGACCUGCGCGAGGUUAGCCUCACGCUGCUCACGACGCUGUGGUCGGCGUUUCCGGAUGAGAUUGAGAUCAAGGGUGAGGAGUGCAGGCAGGUGAUCAACUGCCUGAAGAAAGCCGCGAGAGCGCCGGACCCGGGGACGCAGAUCCACUCGCUCGCGUGCAUGUUUCAGCUCCUCCACUCGUUCAUCACCGCCUCCAACGCCUUCUCCCCCGUGGUGUACAAGACGAUCGUUUUCAUGCUCAUUGAGCACAUGAGAAACGAUCCGGUGCGCGAUUUCAUCAGCGCCGAGCUCAAACUCGCGCUCGAUAACCACGCCAACAUUCCGGUGGGCAUCCUCGUGGACCCGGUGGUGAAGCAGUGCUCACCGGGCGGGCAGCACCCCGGGUUGAAGCGCGUGGAUUUCCAGCUCAUGGCGGCGAUGGCGGAGCACGCCAGACUGGAGGCGAGACCCGCGCUUCACCUCUUGCAGCUCUGUCUGCAAACCGCGAUGGACCACGUGAAGGGUCAGGACCCCGCGGAGGAGCGGGCGAUCGCGCUCAAGGCUGCGACGCGACUCGCGGCGAGGCUACGCGGAGAGGACGCCGCCGAGGAGGUCAUCGAGAGGUGCGCGGGCGGCGCGCUCGCCAGGAUUGCCGCGUCGGCUGAGGAUGCCACCGGGGACCCCGCCUUUGGCGAGAUGCAGCGGUGCGCGGGUGAGGCGCUGAUGACUUGCGCGAGAUGCAUGGCGCAGGUUGGCGGCAGCGGCGUCGGCGCGCUCAAGAGCAUGAUCGCCAACUCGGCCACGACCUUCGCCUCGCACAACGGGACCACCCACCCGGAUAUCGAGGCCUCUCUGGACGUCCUCCGGAUGGCGGGUGACAUCGGAAGCGGCAGCGACGUCGACUCCCCCUCGCUUCACUCCACCCUCAACGCGAGGCGGACCCUACCGCCCGGAUCCCCGUCCGGGAUGGCGUACGACCGACCGCCCGCGCGGGGCAGGCCACCCGUGGAGCAGCUCGUCGACUACGACCCCCCCGGGGUUGGCGGCGGCGGCGCGUUCUCCCCGCCCCCCGCGCCCCUCGCCGAGCUCUACGCGGAGUCCCCCUCCGACUUUAUCGAUCCCCCGCGACCACCCGCGAGGAAGCAGUCGGCGUUCGAGGUCAAGCCAAAGUCCAUGGUCAAGAGCAGCGGGUACGGCGCCGUGCGUAAGGUCGACCCUCGGUCCGACGUCACCAGGAAGCAACGCGAUUCCGACGGAAGCCUGAGGAGCCCAGAGGCGGAGAGGCCGCGCCCGGCGGCGGCGGCGAAACCCCCGGUUCGAUCGCCAAACGCUUUUAUGCGUCCCACCAACGCUUCGAUUCACCAGCGCUCAGGCGUGAUCCCCGCCAUGUCGGAGAUGUCGCUGGACGACGAGUUCAGCUCUCCGCCCGCGCACGAGUCUCGAUUCUCGAGGCCGCCCGGGCCGAGCUUUGGCAAGCCGAGGUUUGCGCAGGCGUCCUCCGUCUCUGGCCGGUCCACGUCUAGCGCGGCGCUGGCGCUUCAGCGGGAGAAGCGCGAGGCUGAGAUUCGGCAGAUCGCGCUGAAACGCGAGAUGCGUCUGGAGAAGGAGGCGAUCGCGAAGGAAAGGGAGCAGCUCGAGAAGGAGAAGCGCGACGCGGGCUUGCGACGGAGGCGCCAGGAGUGGGCCAAGAAGGCUGAGCUCAACGGCCGCGGGAGCAACUUUCUGAACCUCUCAGACCGCAACCGCGAUCAGAGCGGGCUCGCACCCAAGCAGGACACCGGCGUGAACGACAGGAUGAUCCGCACCGGUCCUCCCCCCGAGGCUCUGGCCGCCAUGCUCUCACCCGAGGAACAGGAGGCGAAGGUUGCGGAACUCAACGGGCUACUCGCCGAGGAUUCCCACGCCAACUUACCAUUCGGCUAUAAGAAGGUGAAGGGCGCCGACGGCUCGCUUCGCGCGGAGCUCACCGACGAGGCCAAGGCUGCCGCGAAGCUCGAGCUGUCCCUCGAAAAGGUACGCGCCAAGGCGAGCCUAUCACCGAGGCGCGUACACGGCAUCUACCCGCCCAAGGAGCUCGUCGCGUCGCCCCCGAAGAGACGAGACGUCACCCCUCGCAAGCCGCGCGAUCCAAACGAAAAGACGUUUCUGCAAAAGAAGAAGGAGGAGGAGAAGGCUCGGAAGGAGGCUGAGGAGCGGGAGGCUCGCGCGCGCGCCAAGUCUAAGAUGGAGAAGCAGAAGGCCCACGCCGAAGCGCUCAAGGCUGAGCUCGAGCAGAAGAAGAAGGCUAAGGAGGCUGCCGACGCCUCCGCCGCCGCCGAGCUCCGAGCCAAGAAGGAGAAGAAAGCGGCGGCGCUGAAGGCCAAGGAGGCUGCCGCCGCCGCCGAGAAGGCUGCGACUAAGGCCAAGAUCGAGGCGUUCGAGAAGAAGCGUAAGGCUGAGAAAGAGGAGAGAGAACGGCUGGAGAAGGAGCGCAAGAAGAAGGAGCUCGAGGAUGCGCGAGCGCAGCGAGAGAAGGAACGGCUGGAGAUAAAAGCCAAGAAGGAGAUGAUCGCCGCGGAGAAGGCUAAGCGCGAGGCGGAGAGGAAGGCGAAGGUACGGGCGGAGAGGGAGGCGGCGAUGAAGAAGGCCAAGGGGCCCGAGCCCGAGCCCGAGCCCGAGCCGCCGGCCGCGCCGGAACCGCCUAUCAAGGGCAAGAAGGGGAAGAAGUAGAGGAACCCUCUCCGUUGCGUAGUUGAUCAAAAUAAAGAUGAGAAUUCCGUUCGCUGUCGGGC